CUCCACAUCGUCACAGGCAGCUAUGAGAGGACCCUACACGGCAUUGCAGCAACCAUCCCGCCUUCCGCCUUCCAUGGCACAAACGAUGACGAGACCGUCGAGUUUCACGACACAUUCCUGUUCGCCGCACAUGCUUCAGCGAUCCGCUGUCUGGCCAUUUCUCCUGCCGGCAAGGAGGCAGAUAAGCGCUUCUUAGCAACUGGCUCCUCGGACGAGCGCAUCAAUGUCUACAGCUUGUCGACGGCGCCACCACCCAAACCCGCUUCCAAGCCGAAUUGGCCUUCGCUGUCUGGUGCGGCCACUGCAGAGAAUCCUCGGAACAAAUCUCUCGGAAGCCUGCUACAUCAUGACCGUGCAAUUACCAGGCUUCAUUUCCUCGACAAGAACCGACUCUUCAGCGCAGCCGAGGAUGCUACGAUCUGUAUAUCAAGGACUCGUGACUGGACUGUACUUACAUCCCUCAAAGCACCCAUCCCAAAGCCCCACGGACGCCCAUCCGGAGAUACUGCAGGCCCUGGCGAGAUACCAGCCGGUGUCAACGACUUUGCCAUUCAUCCUUCACAAAAGCUGAUGCUUACCGUCGGUCGUGGCGAGAAGUGCAUACGACUGUGGAAUCUGAUGACAGGAAAGAAGGCGCAAGCACUAAACUUUGAGCGGGAACUACUGUCUCAAGUGGGCGAGAGCAAGUUCAGUAGCGGCGAAGGACGGCGUGUGACCUGGGAUCAGGCUGGCGAGAACUACGUGGUCGCGUUCGAGAGAGGUGCGGCUGUCUUUGGCAUUGACUGCAAACCGAAAGCAGUAAUCCAACCUGGCACGAAGAUCCAUCAGAUGAGAUUCAUGCCACCCGAACGAGAUGAAGAUAGCAUACUGGCAAUCUCAACCGAGGACGGUCGCAUACUUCUUUAUGAUCUAACCCACAUUGCUGAAGCCUCAGAUGUCAAGAAACUACGACGAUUGCAGCCUGAUGCACAGAUUGGAGGUCAAGCAGCUGGAGUGCAAGGCCGAAUCAAGGACUUUGAGGUGGUUGAGCUGGCGGAAAAUGGGUCUCCUUUGGGGCACAGGCUCGUUGUGACAGCGAGUAGCGAUGGUGCAAUUCGACUAUGGAGUCUUCCUCAUGGCUGGGCAGGGGAUCUGCUGAAAGACCCAAAGCCUGCAACUCCCAUACAAGUUGCAAAGUUGCUGGCAACCAAGGAGGCGGGAAAUCGUAUCACUUGUCUAGGCGCUUUCUUGCUCGAUGGUCAGCACUCUGCCGUUGAGGAAGCGACGGAUGAUAUGGCAGGCGCUGAGAUCGAUGGAAGCGAAGAAUCCGAA